UCUGUUUACAUAAAAAUAACUUUAAUAUGACAAUUAGUACCAUUCUAAGUGUUGCAUCUUCCGUUGGUAUUUUAUUUCCACUGAAACAUGGAUGGAAGUUUACAUCUAUUUAUGUAACCAAUAGUUUUAAAACUUAAUUUUAUAUCCUGAACUUAAAUAUUAUUUCAUCAUUAUAGCUAAAUUUCAUUCUAACUAAAUGUAUUAAUAUUCAACGAUAGGUAUUUAAAUCUAUUCACUAUAUUUGAUCAGAUUGAUAACCUAUUCCAAAAUUUAAGUAACACCAUCUAACAUUUCAUUCGCGGACGACUAUUUACGUUUUAAAAGAUUGUCGUGAAGGAGAAGGGUAUACGUUUGGCGUGCCAUAUUUCUCGGAACAAAUUAAUAGAUCUUUGUGUGCGCACAAAAUUCGUUUUCUACUUUACGAAUUACGUAUUGUUGUUCAAAAACAUUCCCCAUGGAUGACGUAUAUAGAUUAUACAAUAACAAUGCAUCACCAAGAGUUCACAUAAAAGAAUAUUUCGAUGAAUAUAAAACUAUGAUAACAUCGACAGAUUGUUUUAUACCUAUGAAAAGAGACAAAAAAGAUUAUCUGUCACUUAUGGGUGUUAAUCUUGGUGAAGAGGAAAUGUCCAUGCUGGCAAAUUACUGCAGCAUCGACAAUUUGACUGUAGAAGGAGAAAUGCCAAAAAUAAUUAAUACUAGGAGAAUGAGAACACAAGAGGCAUUCGAUCCUCAAUUACCGGAAGAUGUGGAUCUACAGACCAUUCAGAAUUUAAGAAGCAGAUUGAAAUUAGGGGCCAAACGAAUCUCUUACAAGUAUCAAAGUGAAUUAUUUAUAACCCAUGACAAAAAAACACAAGCAGAAUCAGAUGGUGAAUGUGCUACUCCUGGUAAAGAUAUUCUAGUCUUUGUUAGGAUUUAUCAUCCUUUUGCUCAACGUGCACGAAAUGCGCCAAAGACAGAAUGUGGUUCUUUACUUCGAUUGAAUAAUGUAACAGCUAUAUUAGGAUCUCAGACACUUGCUCAAUUGAAAGAUAAAAUACCUUGCAUUGCUGAUUACACUAUUUCUAAAGAAUGUAGCAACAAUUUGGACAAUGCAGUAGGACCUAUGGCAAAAGACGUUUAUAAAUCAGGAUUCUUUUUUAUUGAAGACACUUUUUAUAAUGACAGUAGGCAGCCAACAAAUGUUGAUUACAGUACAGUAAUUCAAGAAUGGGCAAAAAGGCGGCCAAAAUUAGGGCCUUUUCGAACUGCAAUAAUGGAAAAUUCUCGAAUAGAUUCUCUGUUUUUAAGAUUUGGUUAUCCAUGGGUGUAUAAACACCAAGGCGGGUGCGAGCAUUUGAUCGUAUUCAGUGAUUCAAGGCUGAUUAAUUCCGACGAUGAUUUAGCCGUAGCCGCAUACCCGCAGAUAGUAAGAUUAAGACCUACGUCUUCUAAGUUUUGUAUGAUAUGUGGUGUGUACAGUGUACAGUGGAUCACAAUGGAACACGAGAGAAUACCACACAAUCCUUGUUACUUUUGUGACGCGUGUUUCAAAUCUUUCAAUUAUAUUGGCAAAAAAAAGAUUGGAAACUUUAAAGCGUACGCCUAUCCACGAAAUACGGAACUCGCGAGAAAAAUAGAAGAUAUAUGAAUCGGUAAUUUCAAUUUUAUAGUUUUACUGUACUAAAAAAUAAAUUAUUUUAUUGAUGACUUCAGAGAAUACAAUUUUCUCAAGUUAUCUCUUGCACUAUGAAGUUCUGGUUUAAUUUCUAACGCUUUCUUGUA